ACGGCCUAAUUUCUCUCACGCGAGUCACCCCGGCGGCUAAAACCUUAGCUCCGUUAAUGUCGCCACUGUCUCUCGUUCCCAAAACCUUCGUUCUUUUUCUCUCCUUCCGGUGUCGCUCAGUGACUCGCCUAAGGUCCGUCUCUGCUCGAACCAUGAGCUCUCAACCGGGUCAGCGCGUCUUCCAGCUCAGGCAAGACCCUCUCACCGGAAAUUCGGAGUGGAUUGUCAUCGAGGAGAAUGACCAAACCGGAGCUCCAGAGACUUCGACGGACGGCCUCCUCGCGACGACAUCGUAUCUGGACAUGCUCAACGAUUCGCGCCGCAACCGAGCUUUCCGUCUUGCAAUCGAGAAAACCAUCACCGAGCCAUGCCACGUCCUUGACAUUGGUGCUGGAACUGGAUUGCUAUCGAUGAUGGCCGCGAGAGCAAUGGGAGAAGAAGAAGAAGAGUCCGGUGAUUCAAAGGGUAUAGUGACGGCGUGCGAGUCGUAUCUCCCGAUGGUGAAGCUUAUGAGGAAGGUUUUGCAUAAGAACGGGAUGACGAAGAACGUUAACCUUAUCAACAAACGUUCCGAUGAGCUGAAAGUUGGGUCAGAGCUUGCUUCAAGAGCUGACGUUCUUGUAAGCGAAAUAUUGGACUCUGAGUUACUUGGUGAAGGUCUAAUCCCAAGUUUACAACAUGCUCAUGACAUGUUACUGGUCGAUAAUCCAAAAACAGUGCCAUAUCGAGCUACUACGUAUUGUCAGCUUGUUGAGAGCACAUUCUUAUGUAACAUGCAUGAUCUACGAAAUAACGAGGCUAAAAGCCCCGACGGUGUUCGUCUAGUUCCUCCUGGUUCAGAGAGCCUAUUUGGCAUCAAGUCACAACAAUAUGGCAUGCAUGUCGAUGCUAUUGAGAAGGAGAUCAAGCUGUUGUCAGAGCCCGUCAAAAUAUUUGAAUUUGACUUUUGGAAACGGCCAGAAAGUAAUGGAGAGCUUGAAGUGCACAUCGAUGCGAUAAGCGCGGGUAGUAUUCAUGCUAUAAUUUCAUGGUGGGUGCUGCAGCUUGAUACUUUGAGGGACUGGUGUGACCAUUGGAAACAGUGUGUUUGGUUUACUCCAGGAGCAGGUGUGUCCAUAUCCAAAGGAGAAAAAGUUCAUUUGCAUGCUGCUCAUACUUGUACUAACAUCUUGUAUAAUCUGAAGAAGACGCAAAGCUUGACACAUGAGAUGACACAGUCUCAUUUAAGUACUGGAUAUUUGCACCUCACAUUACCAGCAGAAAGAGUCGCAAUAUAUGGUGACAAUAUGUAUAGGCAAUCGAUAUGGGAGGCCACAAGAAACGCUUUACAGGGAAAAUCUCAUCCACAAUGUCUCGUCAUUGAUGAUAGUCUUCUCUUACCACUUAUGGCUCUACGUAUUUCCAACAGAUCACGGGUAAUAUCAUUGUCACCUGGGCUGCAAGAGAUUUCUGCCAGAUACUUGGAAGCCAUUGCUGAUUCAAAUGGCUUUUCAAAAGAUCGUUUCGAAUAUUUUGGAGAAGGGAAGGCCAAGUUGGCGGAAGCGUAUCUAGGCAAGAUUGAUCUGCUAAUUGGAGAACCAUAUUACUACGGACUUGAAAGUAGGCUUCCAUGGCAGAAUCUCAGAUUCUGGAAGGACAGAACUCUACUUGAUUCUGUCCUGUCAGAAGGUGCAGUGGUAAUGCCGUAUAAAGGUGUUUUGAGAGGUUGUGCAAUGUAUCUUCCUGAUCUCUGGAAGAGCCGUUGUUGCCUUGGGAGUGUAGAAGGGUUUGACCAUGCACUGGUGAAUACAACCUUAGGGGGAUGUGGUGAUCUACCUUCUGGUAAAGACAGUCCUUGUUUGCCCUUCUUUAUCUGGCAAUGUGGAGAGACAAAGAAACUGAGCAAGGAAUUCACAGUCAUGGAGUUUGACUUCUCCAAGCCCAUCACAGGUCCAUGUUCUGGGGAAGUCCAGAUUGAGUUUAUGAAAUCUGGUAUAUGCCAUGGAAUUGCAUUGUGGAUGGAUUGGGUGAUGGACAAAGAAAACUCAACCGUGAUCUCAACAGGACCCGAUGUAAGAUAUUGGAAGCAAGGAGUGAAGCUACUAGGGAAGCCAAUCACUGUGAGAGAGAAAGGUCUCUCAUCCAUAGGAAUCCAAGCUUCCUUAGAUCCAUCUUCAAACGGCGAGCUCAUCAUCACACAUACUCUCUCUUGACCAUUUUUUAAUUUAUAUCUCUCAGUAGGUUCCCAAUCGUUUUCGAGCCUUUCUCACUACAAAAGGACUUGAGAGUUGAGAACUAAAUUGUCUUUUUGGUCAACCUUGGCUUAUUAUCAAGUAGAAACUUUAGUAAAUUUGUUUUUGCGAUGUACUGUUUAUGUUUGUAACAACUUGAUAGUUAUGUUUCCUUAAUGUCAAAGUCAUGCACUUAUUUGUUUUUGACAGCUCAAAA